CUGAAACCUGGACGGAACUGAAGGUGCAAGAGGAAUAAGGUGGCUGGAGGUUGGGGAGAUCGGCGAGAGGUGGUCGCAGGAUGUUGCCUGCGGCCGGCGUCCCCGUGGUUUCUGGGAAUUGUAGUCUCUCAGUCAUUCAGGGCAUUCCUGAUUAGGGUCUCGGGAGAACCUGACUAAGCUCCCAGAAGCCUCCGGUGCGGCUCGCUGGGGACGCACUUCCUGGGACGCCGCGAGGGAGACGCUCUAAGAAGCUCCUCAGUGUCGGCGAGUGAAAUGUCUUGGAUGUGAGAAACAGGCCCAGAUCAUCUCUACUGUCUAUUCAGAUGUGCAUAUAUUUCUUCUAAGUUGAUUAAAGUUGUUUUAGAGCUGUCAAGUACUUCAAAGAUCUGACUGACAGUACUGCACAAGCCUGCCUGCCAUGGGCUGUCGGGAUGUCCAUGCAGCCACAGUCCUCUCCUUCCUGUGUGGAAUCGCCUCGGUAGCAGGCCUCUUUGCGGGGACUCUGCUUCCCAACUGGAGGAAAUUACGACUGAUCACAUUCAACAGAAAUGAGAAGAAUCUGACUGUUUACACUGGCCUGUGGGUGAAGUGUGCCCGAUAUGAUGGGAGCAGUGACUGCCUGAUGUAUGACACUACUUGGUACUCAUCAGUUGACCAGCUGGACUUGCGGGUCCUCCAGUUUGCCCUGCCUCUCAGCAUCCUGAUUGCAAUGGGUGCCCUGCUGCUCUGCCUGAUUGGAAUGUGUAACACGGCCUUCAGGUCCUCAGUGCCCAACAUCAAACUGGCCAAGUGUCUGGUCAAUAGUGCAGGCUGCCAUCUGGUGGCUGGGCUGCUGUUCUUCCUGGCAGGUACUGUGAGCCUCUCCCCAUCCAUCUGGGUCAUCUUUUAUAACAUUCAUCUGAACAAGAAAUUUGAGCCAGUCUUUACAUUUGACUACGCAGUGUAUGUUACUAUGGCUAGUGCUGGGGGCCUGUUUAUGACUUCCCUUCUACUGUUUAUUUGGUACUGUGCAUGCAAAUCUUUGCCUUCUCCUUUCUGGCAACCGCUGUAUUCCCAUCCUCCCAGUAUGCAUACUUACUCACAGCCCUAUUCAGCACGCUCUCGCCUCUCUGCCAUCGAAAUUGACAUUCCAGUAGUUUCACAUACCACCUAAUGGGGAAGUAGGUAGUUCUCAGAGAAAACUUGUAGCCUCACAUUUCCCUUGUACAAGGAGCUGUUUUAGACCUAUAUACAUUUUUCUUUGUUUCUGACCAAUGAAGCCAAAUUUGUAUGUCCUGGUAGAAUGAAGUGCUGCUAGUUUUAUGAAAAGUACAUUAUUUCAAAUGUGAAUCAUUCCUUUUAUCUUGCUUCUUAUGCUAGAAGGAUUUUUAACCUCUAUGUUGAUAUCUAAUCAGUUAUUCAAGUGGAAAGGACCUGUGUCUCAGUUGAGGUGAUUUAGAACAACAUGGUAAAGUAAAAAAAUGAUGGCUAAGAGAGGCUGUUGUACAUGAUCUUUAUGAGUAUUUCAGAAUGUGUAUUGUCCUUUUCCCAUAAUACCUUAAACUGGGAAGAAGGGCAAUUUCAAAUAUAAGAAAUUUCUUUCAGGUAAGGGUAAUGUUUUAACAGUAGUCAGUCUACCAGCUUAAGGCUGUAACUUUUCUUACUUUUCUCUCGGGGCUAAUUGUAUUGAAUAGAGUUUGGUAUUUUGAAGAUUACUUUCUUUUGUGAGUUCCUUAUCUUCUACCUCAUGGCAGUGUUUAAAAGUAAAAUGCAUUUUAAGUGAUGGCAGAGAGAAUAAGCCUAACAUUUUAAAUAACUAAUAGUAGAUAACAUUUAACAUAAUUUUAAAAGUUAAUUAUUCUGUAAAUUGUAUUAUUAGAGUUAAAAUGGGGCCAUGUGAUGGAUUGGUGCUUCCUCUCUGAGGCAGAAAAGCCUUAUUUUUUUUCAGAUAGCAUCCACCAAGUAAUACUCAUGCACCUGUAUAAUCUUUUAGUGACAAAGAGAAAGAAAGAAAGAGGCCCAAAUGGUUGGUUCUCUUUUAGACAGUGGUAGGGUACAAGCAUCUGUUCUUCGGCGACAAUAUCAGAGAUUCACUCUGGUGACUGCCUUUUGAAUGAUGAGUGAAGUAAGUUAUGGCUUCACCAUGACCACAUUCACUCUUGAUUCAGUUCCUGCCCUUGUCACUGAUUAUUUCCUUGAGUGUAUAUCUUUGCUCAACACUUUAGUGCUAUACAGAAUACAUGAAAAGUAUGAGAUUAGGUCCCAUCCACUCAGAAAUUUUAAUAUAAUAAAGAAAAUCAAACUGUUAAACAACAGGGAACAGUCUGACUUUAUUGGCAGCUGGUCUUAAUUUCUUAGUCAUUGAUCCAGGAAUAUAUUGCAACCAGCGACGUGGCUUUCUAGCAGACAGGCUUAUUGUACAAUACCAGCAAUAUUCUGGAACUUAGAAAUUCAGUUCAUUGGAUCUUUUAGAGCACCUACCUUAGCCUAGACACUGUAAUGACACUGUCGGAUUCAUGAGAAUGGACAAAAGUGGUAGAGAAAUUAAAUUGUUUCCUUCUCACCUCUGAGAGUAUGAUGAUGUAUUGAAGAGGAAGGAGUAUUUAAAAUCCUUCCUCUAAAGGGGUAAUAUUUAGGUACAAUCAUGUUAACACCAAGAUGAAUGCUUAGAAAUUCAGGGAAAUUGGGUCUUUACCCUUAUGAAUUUGAGCUGCUGACUUAAUUGGUAUAAUUUGCUACACAUUAGUACUAUGUUCAUAAGGAUUUUGUUUUAUUAACCAUUACAUAUUUCACAAACAGCUAGUUGCAUGGUAAACAGGUGGUUAUUAUGCCUCUUUGCAAAUCUGGAUAUGAUUCUGGUACUUCUGUGGAUGUAAGUGGUUCUUCCCCCCCCCCCCCCCCCCCCCCCCCCCCCCCGCAAUUACAGCACUAGUUUAUGUAUAUAGCAAAUAAAUCCAGUUGUAAACUUUUUAAAUGCCAUCAGUAUAAAGCAUGCAAAACUAUGUUUUUUUUAGUUAUAGCUUCUGAUUACCUUCAGUUCCAUUCCUUUUUACUCUUCCCAGAUGUAGCUGAAUCUUGAUCACUCCAAAACGAUGGCAAGUAGAAUUUUGAGAUUAAUAUUAAUUUACUCCUGUGCUAAUUAAUAUCAGUCCCCUCUCUCACUAAAUUUGUCCAGAAGUGUCAAGAAUUCUACCAUCUUCCUAUUCUUUAUAUAAACAAUGUUAAAGAAAAGCAGAUUCAACCAUUAAUACACUAGACAUGUUUUAGUCCGUGCGAUCAUAAAUAUAAAUGUGCAGCUUUUCCUGUAAGCAUUUUUUGCAGUCUUUUCAUAAUCUGUAGACUCAAAUUAGUAU